CUCCGCCCCGCUCCCCCCCAAACACACUCGCACACGGGCUCUCAAGGUGUUCUCCGCACAGCGGAAGAUGGCGACAGACUGAGGGGGCAUGGCCAGCGGGAGCCACGGGGCCGUGCGGCUCGGCGGCCGCCACAGCGGUGCUAACGGGAGACGGAAGCGAGAGGCGCACUAAGUGAAGCCCCGUGUCGCCGUCCGGCGCCUGUGGCGCUGCCGGGAGCCAGGUGGCCCGCCCGAGCCGGAACUCCGGGAGCAGCAGGCUCGGAGCCGGAGCGGAGCCGGCCCGGGACCGGCCCGGGCGAAAGGCCAGAGCACGAGCGAAGCCCGAAGGGCCGGGCAGUGGGCCGGCCGGCGGGCCUAGGAGGGCGCGAGCGAAGCAGGGAGCGGCGCGGAGCAGGCAGCAGGCGGGCGGGCUGACUGGCGGGCGGGAGCGGCGCGGCGCGGUGCGAGCGAGCGGAGCGCGGUGGCCGGGCCCGCACGGCGGCGCUGAGGGGCGCAGAGCUGCGCCGAGCCGAGACGGCCAGAACAGAGUGCGAGCCGGGCGGCCACCGGCGCGGAGUGGAGUGGCGCGGAGCGGAGGGCAGCUGAGGGGCCCGACACUAUGAGGAGUGCGGCGCUGCCGCCGCAGCCGCCACCGCCCCAGUGCCCCGCACCGCCCCCCGCCGGGACGCCGGGCAGUGCCUAGCGGGCCGGGCGGCGGCGCCCUGGCUGCGAGAGAGGGAGCGCGGGAGGAGCGCGGGAGGAGCGCGGGGACGGCAGGAGAGCACCCCGCGACUCUGGCCUGAGCGGUGCCCCGGGGCCGGCCGGCCGGCCUGCCUCACCAUGCAGCCACCGAGGUAGAGCCUGGACGGCGCUGAGGAGCGCGGAGCGGCGCGCAGCCCGCUCGCCCGCUGGUGACGGCCGUCCGGCCUCGCGCCUGCCUGACCUCUCCAGCCCGGACACCCCCCCCGAAAUAUGUUCAGGGGCGCUUGGAUGUGGCCCGGGAAAGACGCCGCCGCGCUGACUAUCUGCUGCUGCUGCUGCUGCUGGGCUCCCAGGCCGAGCGACAAACCUUGCGCUGACUCUGAGCGGGCGCAGCGAUGGCGACUGUCCCUGGCGUCCCUGCUCUUCUUCACCGUGCUGCUCGCUGACCAUCUGUGGCUGUGCGCGGGGGCCCGGCCCCGGGCCAGGGAGCUGAGCAGCGCCAUGCGGCCGCCCUGGGGGACCGGCCGGGAGCGGCAGCCGAUGCCUCCUCGCGCGGUGCUGCCCCUUCCGCCGCCACCGCCGCCCGGCGAGCCCAGCGCGUCCCCGGGCACCUGCGGCCCCCAAUACAGCAACCUGACCAAAGCCACCCCCGCUGCCGGUCCCAGGCCGGACUGCGGUGGCGUCCCAGAGCCCACAGGGCUGGACGCAGCUUGCACCAAAUUGCAAUCUUUGCAGAGACUUUUUGAACCGACUACCCCGGCCCCCCCACUGCGGCCCCCUGACUCCCCUUCCCGUUCCCCGGCCGAGUUCCCCUCCGCCAAAAAAAACUUGCUCAAAGGCCACUUUAGGAACUUCACUCUCUCCUUUUGCGACACCUACACGGUCUGGGACUUGCUGCUGGGCAUGGACCGCCCCGACAGCCUGGACUGCAGCCUGGACACCUUGCUGGGGGACCUGCUGGCCGUGGUGGCCAGCCCGGGCUCCGGGGCCUGGGAGGUGUGUAACAACUGUAUCGAGGCGUACCAGCGGCUCGACCGACAUGCUCAGGAAAAAUAUGACGAGUUCGACCUCGUGCUGCAUAAAUACUUACAGGCAGAAGAGUACUCAAUCCGGUCCUGCACGAAAGGCUGUAAGGCUGUCUACAAGGCCUGGCUGUGCUCCGAAUACUUCAGCGUGAACCAGCAGGAAUGCCAGCGCUGGGUGCCCUGUAAGCAGUACUGUCUGGAAGUGCAGACCCGGUGCCCCUUUAUACUCCCCGACAACGAGGAAAUGGUGUACGGAGGGCUUCCUGGCUUUAUCUGUACAGGGUUGCUGGAUACUUCGCCAAAGCGGCCGGAAACCAAGUGCUGUGACGUGCAGUGGGUCUCCUGUGAGUCGGAGAAGAAGAAGUUCAAGGAGACUGAGGCCCCCAAAACCCACCACCAGCAAUUCCACCACUCCUAUUUCCACCACUACCACCAACAGUACCACCAUUUCCACCCCCGCCAUGACCCCCCCGGCCACAUCAGCCACAAGCCCUCCCUGCUGCCGGUCUCCGGGGGCUCCCGUCUCAGCCCCAGCAGGAUCCGGCUCUAUGUCCUUGUUCUCAUGCUCCUCCAUACCAUGGUGUCCUUCUCCAGCAGCCAGGGCGGUGGAGGACUGGGGCUGGAGGCACUGCCGGCCCUAGAUGAGGGCCUGACUCGGGAAGAGUGACAGCAGGAAGGGAGGACAGACCUCCACCGCACACUGACAUCAGCUCCAUCCCCCCAGGGGGAGGGGGAGGGGCUCCUCCCAUGGGAGGUAUAAGACCAGGUGGGGGGCGGGGGGGAAAUUGGGGGCCACACAUCACCCCCAACAUACCUCCACCCCAAAAGCAGCUCCAGCAGUAGGGCCAGAGGGCCCCAGGGAGCUGCAAAACUCAUCCGGGAGAACAAGGCAGGAGCAGCAGCUGCCCCCCCCUCAGGUCCCGGUCUAUGGGGCUUAGCAAAAAAAGUGGGGGAGUGGGGGCUGGACAUAUCCACUCCUGCUGAGAGCCCUGACCCUAGGGAAGGAGGCUGCUCAACCAGCCUUGGCCCUGCAGGGAAUGUUGGGGGGCAUAGAGGGGAGAAGCUCUUUCCACCCUCCACAUUCCUUUUGUUGCCACGAUCCUUAAUUCCCUCCUGCCCAUACCCCUAUAGGCAAUGGCAGACGGUGCAGUGGCCCUUCUCCUACUCCAGCGCACCUUGCCCCAUGUGGGGCCACCACAGGCAAGUGCCAGGCUGGGAGGUGAGGUGCAUACAGUCAUGGCUAGGUCAGGGCCCCGGUUAAGCUGUGCCCUGCCACCCUAGGCAAUGAGGAGUAGGAAUGGGGUACAGAAUGAGUGGUGAGAGAGAGUGGAGAUAGAGAAGAGGAAGAAGAGGGAAGAGGAGGAGAGUAGGUGAGGGGAGGGGAGAGGAGAGGAGAAGAAAGGAGAGUAGAGAAGAGGAGAGAGGAGCAGAGGAGAGGAGAGGAGAGUGUGGGAGAAAAGGAAGAGAGCAGGGCAGGGGGAGGGGAGGAGAGUAGGGGAGGGAAGAGGAGAGGAGAAGAGAGCAGAGGACAGGAGAGGAGAGAAGAGUAGGGGAGGGAAGAGAGGAGAAGAAAGGAGAGGAGAGAAAGGGGGAGAGGAGAAGAGAGUUGGCGGAGAGAAAAAAGAGAGGAGAGAAGAGCAGAGGAUAGGAGAGGUGAGGAGAAGAGAGUAAGGGAGGGAAGAGGGAGAAGAGCGGAGAAAGAAGGAGAGAGGAGGAGAGGAGAGUAGGGGAGGGGAGAGGAGUAGAGACGGGAGGAGAGAGCAGAGCAAAGGACAGGAGAGAAGGGAGAGGAGAGUAGGGGAGGGGAGAAGAGGAGAGAGGAGAACAGAACAGAGGGGAGGGGAGGAGAGAAGAGGAACAGAAGGGAGGGGAGAGAUGUGGGCAGAGAGCUUAGAGAAAUAACUGAAUGGUUUAGGGGAAGGUGGAUCAUCAGUGUUGAGGCAGGCUUGAGAACAGUUCCCCAAAUCAGAAAGGGUUACAUAAAGAGUCCUGUAGGGAAAGAGCACAGGAAGUCUGCUGUUGGGCCUCAAAACAGAAGGCUGAUAGCACAUGGUCAGACUGCCACUGUCUGAAGGGCCAUUAUCUUACAGAAGGUGCACAUACUCCCAAGGGCCACUCUUGCCCUGGAGAUCUUGGCCUUGAGGCCAAUGAUGUUUCCAUUUCUGAUCUCCAUAGGGAGGAGGGACUUAAGCCCAGUGGGUCAGGCCUGGCCUGGGUCCCCAUACACCCUCAUUCUGUCCUAGCCCAGGCCUCCAUGAAGGAGAACCUGGUGGCAUUGCCCCAGGGCUUUCCAGAGAUGAGCCUCCCCUGUCCCCAACCUGUCCCCACCCCCAGCCUACCAAAGAGUAUUUGUCCCUUCCCAUCCCUGACCCCAUGGAUUACUAUCUCAAUUGUGAAACAACCAGACUCUCCCUCACCCUGUAGCAGGUCCCCUGAUCCAGGCACCCUUGCCCCCUCCUGGAGAAGGUCCGGAGACAGGCAAGAGGACCCACUGAAUAAAGAGAAUGUGCUGUCUUUUCUUGGCUGAGACUGGAAAUACUCCGUCAGGCCUGAGAGCUAGACAAGAAAUGAGGCCUCCAAGGCCCCUUGGGCACAAAGGGCUAUUAGCCUUUGUGCUGAUCUCCUGGGAGUGGGAAGCCACAUUACUUGGGACAUUUACGAGCCAAGAAGAGCAGACAAGAAAGGCAGCCCGAACUGUGUCCCUGGGACAGGCCAAGGGGCUUUCAGGGCCAGGAGGUCCUGUGUCCUAGGCUGCGUGUGAUGCCAGUGAAGGGAGGGGGAGGAGGGGGAGGAGACAGCCUGAAGUAGUUGUCAGGGGAGAGAUGGGAGACCUCCCAGGAGAGAGGGUAUCAUUCAAGGACUUCUGCUGGGUCCCAAAUAGGCUCCAUGAGACUGGGGAGUCCUUCUCUGCCAGUUUUCUCAUUUGUCACAGCCUGUUUCCCUCUCCUGACUCCCGUGCCCUGCCCACACCCUCUCCUGUUUGGCCCACAGCACUUCGGGCCUAGCCACAUGCCCCAUCCCUAGAGUGCUCUUUUCAGCUGGGGAGGGGAAGAGGUGCUGGCUCCUUUCCAGAGACGCUUCUGUAGAUGUGAGAGACCCUAGGUCCUGCCUUCUAACUCCUGCAUCCUCAGGAGGGGCAAGGGGACUGGGAAGUAAGGGGGACCUUAGGGCCCCAAAGAGCAGACCCUUGGAGACUACCAUCCUCUCUUCCCCAUCACCAAGUGCCCAGGAGACCCCUGGCUCAGACCAGCCCAGGGCCUUGCCCAGUGGCAGGGGAAAGGGGCACCUCACUCCACCUCAAAGUCAUUUGACUGUCCCUGUCCCCCUCACCACCCAGAUCUUCCACCACCCCUCCAGCUGCCCCCUGCCCUCCAUCACAGGCAGCAGAGCUGGGCAGCUUUCUUAUGCCAUUUUCUACACUGUGCUUCAUGAGUAGACCUCUCUUGCACUAGUUCCUAUGACUGAGUCUCCAAGCUGGAUUCCUAGUAGUCCCCUGUCCCUUCUGCCCUCACCUGGCUAUGAUUCAGUUGUUCCCCUUCCCCCUGCCUCUGUGUUUCGGUGAGAGUCUCUGUAUGUGUACUGCUUUCUGUUUUGUUGCAUUGUGGGGCAGAGACCUCUCUGCCCUUGUUUAACCCCAUAAAGAAAUAAAUGGUAAGACUUGAUGAUAA